AUGCUUUCGAAACUUUUCCUUCUUUUCUCAUACUUAUUUAUUUAUUUUUUAUUCGUUCUCACUUAUCUACCGCCAUUUUCCCCUCUUUUCUUUCUUCUUCCAUAUAAUUACCAGCAAUACUUUCAACUUCUCAUUUUCUUCCGCAGUCUCUCUUCACAUUUUUUUUUCUUUUUCCUUUCCUUUUAUUCAUCUUCUUUUUUUUUUCUUGCAACCAAUUUUCUUUUUUUCUUCGCCCGACUUAAUCAUCUCAUAUUUUCUCUUUAUUUCGUCUUUUCUUCGUUCAACUUCUUUUUCAUUAUUUCUGAUAUGAUCUUCUUUCUCGACUUUUCUUCACCUCACUUCAUUUUCCCCUUUGAAAUUACGUCUUUCUACUUUUGUUCUUUAUUUUCUCCUAUUAUUUUUCUCUUCUUUACUUCUCUGUAUGCAUUUUUUUACCAGAUAUUCGAUGACAACUGA